GAUUCCAGCUCUGGCGCCUGACGAGGUGGAUUCGGCGGUCCACCGAGCUCGGAGCCUGCGCUUGCAAUUGGGUCUGGAUUUGCACCUUUAAGGAGGGAGGAAGAGGAAGAAGAGGUGGACGAGGAGGGCGAGUCAGCGAGCGGCUGUCGCGGGGACUGUAGCCGCAGCCGUAGCUCCGGAGAAGCCCCGCCACGGUUCCUGUGGAGCGUCUGGGCGCGGGAUGGAGUGAAAGAGCAAGUGCCUCUCCAAAGGGGGGUGGGAGGGGGUCCUGCAGUGCAGAGUCGAGAAAGAGAGAGAAGCCACCGCUGGAGCCUGCGAAUUUGGGAUUCGAUUGGGAGGGACCGCUCACUCGGGGGAGAUGGAUUCUGUACCACCGCCCACCAGCUUUUGGACUUUGCUGUUCGCUGCCCUGUGGCAUUUGGGAUUAACGGCGACAAAUUACAACUGUGAUGACCCACUAGCAUCCCUGCUGUCUCCAGUGGCUUUUUCCAGUUCCUCAGACCUCACAGGCACUCCCAGCCCAGCUCAGCUCAACUGGAGAGUUGGAACUGGUGGUUGGUCUCCAGCAGUCUCCAAUGCUCAGCAGUGGCUCCAGAUGGACUUGGGCAACAGAGUGGAGAUUACAGCCGUGGCCACACAGGGAAGAUACAGAAGCUCUGACUGGGUGACUAGUUACAGCCUGAUGUUCAGUGACACGGGACGCAACUGGAAACAGUACAAGCAAGAAGACAGCAUCUGGACCUUCGCAGGAAACAUGAACGCUGACAGUGUGGUGCACCACAAGCUACUGCACUCGGUUCGGGCCCGGUUUGUUCGCUUUGUGCCCCUGGAAUGGAAUCCAAGUGGAAAAAUUGGCAUGAGGGUCGAGGUCUAUGGGUGCUCUUACAAAUCAGAUGUCGCUGACUUUGACGGCAGAAGCUCCCUCCUGUAUAGGUUCAAUCAGAAGCUGAUGAGCACUCUCAAAGAUGUGAUCUCCCUGAAGUUCAAGAGCAUGCAAGGGGACGGGGUCCUGUUCCAUGGAGAAGGUCAGCGUGGAGACCACAUAACCCUGGAGCUCCAGAAGGGAAGGCUCGCCCUGCACCUCAACUUGGAUGACAGCAAAGCUCGGCUGGGCAGCAGUCCACCCUCAGCCACCUUGGGCAGCCUCUUGGAUGACCAGCAGUGGCAUUCGGUCCUCAUGGAGCGAGUCGGCAAGCAGGUGAACUUCACGGUGGACAGACACACACAGCACUUCCGGACCACGGGUGAGGCGGAUGCCUUGGACAUUGACUAUGAGCUCAGUUUUGGAGGAAUUCCAGUACCAGGCAAACCUGGGACCUUUUUAAAGAAAAACUUCCAUGGAUGUAUUGAAAACCUUUACUACAACGGAGUAAACAUAAUUGACCUGGCUAAGAGACGAAAGCAUCAGAUCUAUACUGUGGGCAAUGUCACUUUUUCCUGCUCCGAACCACAAAUUGUGCCCAUCACAUUUGUCAACUCCAGCGGCAGUUAUUUGCUGCUGCCUGGCACCGCCCAAAUUGAUGGGCUCUCAGUGAGUUUCCAGUUUCGAACGUGGAACAAGGAUGGUCUGCUUCUGUCCACAGUGCUGUCCGAGGGCUCGGGGACGCUCCUGCUGAGCCUGGAGGGCGGGAUCCUGAGACUCGUGAUUCAGAAAACGGCCGAGCGUGUGGCCGAAAUCCUCACAGGCAGCAACUUGAAUGAUGGCUUGUGGCACUCGGUCAGCAUCAACGCCAGGAGGAACCGCAUCACGCUCACAUUGGAUAAUGAAGCAGCAUCCCCGGCUCAGGACACCGCCUGGGUGCAGAUUUAUUCUGGAAAUAGUUACUACUUUGGAGGGUGCCCCGACAAUCUCACCGAUUCCCAAUGUUUAAAUCCCAUUAAGGCUUUCCAAGGCUGCAUGCGGCUCAUCUUUAUUGAUAACCAGCCCAAGGACCUCAUUUCAGUUCAGCAAGGUUCCCUGGGGAAUUUUAGUGAUUUACACAUUGAUCUGUGUAGCAUCAAAGACAGGUGUUUGCCAAACUACUGUGAACAUGGAGGAAGCUGCUCCCAGUCCUGGACUACUUUCUAUUGUAACUGCAGUGACACAAGCUACACUGGUGCCACCUGCCAUAACUCCAUCUACGAGCAGUCCUGCGAGGUGUACAGGCACCAGGGGAACACAGCUGGCUUCUUCCACAUCGACUCGGAUGGCAGCGGGCCCCUGGGACCCCUCCAAGUGUACUGCAACAUCACUGAGGACAAGAUCUGGACGUCAGUGCAGCACAAUAACACGGAGCUGACCCACGUGCAGGGAGCCAACCCCAAGAAGCCCUAUGCUAUGGCCUUGGACUACGGCGGCAGCGUGGAGCAGCUAGAGGCUGUAAUUGACCGCUCGGAGCACUGUGAGCAGGAGGUGGCCUACCACUGCCGGAGGUCCCGCCUGCUCAACACGCCAGAUGGAGCACCAUUUACCUGGUGGAUCGGCCGGUCCAAUGAAAGGCACCCUUACUGGGGAGGCGCUCCUCCCGGGGUCCAGCAGUGUGAAUGCGGCUUGGACGAGAGUUGUCUGGACAUUCGACACUUUUGCAACUGUGAUGCUGACAAGGAUGAAUGGGCAAAUGAUACUGGCUUUCUUUCCUUCAAAGACCACUUGCCUGUCACUCAGAUAGUUAUCACUGAUACCGACAGAUCAAACUCAGAAGCUGCUUGGAGAAUUGGUCCCUUGCGUUGCUAUGGCGACCGACUCUUGUGGAAUGCUGUCUCAUUUUACACAGAAGCCUCUUACAUCCACUUCCCUACCUUCCAUGCGGAAUUCAGUGCUGAUAUCUCCUUCUUUUUUAAAACCACGGCUUUAUCUGGAGUUUUUCUAGAAAACCUUGGCAUUAAAGACUUCAUUCGACUUGAAAUAAGCUCUCCUUCAGAGAUCACCUUUGCCAUCGAUGUUGGGAAUGGCCCUGUGGAGCUUGUAGUGCAGUCUCCUUCUCUUCUGAAUGACAACCAAUGGCAUUACGUCCGGGCCGAGAGGAACCUCAAGGAAACCUCCCUCCAGGUAGACAGCCUUCCACGAAGCACCAGGGAGACGUCGCAGGAGGGCCAUUUCCGAUUGCAGCUGAACAGCCAAUUGUUUGUAGGGGGAACAUCAUCCAGACAGAAAGGCUUCCUAGGAUGCAUCCGCUCCCUGCACUUGAAUGGGCAGAAACUGGAUCUGGAGGAGAGGGCCAAGUUCACGUCUGGGGUCAGGCCAGGCUGCCCGGGUCACUGCAGCAGCUAUGGAAGCAUCUGCCACAAUGGGGGCAAGUGUGUGGAGAAGCACAGCGGCUACUUAUGUGACUGCACCAAUUCACCUUAUGAAGGGCCCUUUUGCAAAAAAGAGGUUUCUGCUGUUUUUGAGGCCGGCACAUCAGUUACUUACAUGUUUCAAGAACCCUACCCUGUGACCAAGAAUACAAGCCUCUCAUCUUCAGCUAUUUACACAGAUUCAGCUCCAUCCAAGGAGAAUAUUGCAUUUAGUUUUGUGACAGCCCAGGCUCCCAGUCUUUUGUUCUUUAUCAACUCUACUUCUCAGGACUUCCUGGCUAUUCUGCUCUGCAAGAAUGGAAGCUUACAGGUUCGCUAUCAGCUAAGCAAGGAUGAAAUCCAUGUAUUCACCAUUGAUGGAGAGAACUUCGCCAACCGAAGGAUGCACCACGUGAAGAUUCAUCGGGAGGGAAAGGAGCUCACCAUUCAGAUAGAUCAGCAACUCCGACUCAGGUAUAACUUCUCCCCAGAAGUGGAGUUCAGGGUCAUAAGGUCGCUCACCCUGGGCAAAGUCACAGAGAAUCAUAGAUUGGAUUCUGAAGUCGCUAAGGCGAACAGCCUGGGGUUCGUUGGAUGUCUAUCUUCAGUCCAGUACAACCACGUAGCACCCCUGAAGGCAGCCCUGCGCCAUGCCACGGUUGCACCUGUGACUGUCCAGGGGACCUUGACAGAAUCCAGCUGUGGCUCCCUGGUGGACUCAGAUGUGAAUGCAGUGACCACUGUGCAUUCUUCAUCAGAUCCUUUUGGGAAGACGGACGAACGGGAACCACUCACCAAUGCAGUUCGAAGUGAUUCCGCGGUCAUUGGAGGAGUAAUCGCCGUGGUAAUAUUCAUCAUCUUCUGUAUCAUCGGCGUCAUGACCCGGUUCCUCUACCAGCAUAAACAGUCUCAUCGUACAAACCAGAUGAAAGAGAAGGAGCAUCCAGAAAAUUUGGACCAUUCCUUCAGAAACGAUAUUGACUUGCAGAACACAGUGGGCGAGUGCAAGCGGGAAUAUUUCAUCUGAAAAACUGCAGGGUUCCUAAUACUCUUUCUUUUUCUUGUUGUUAAUUGUUUUCCCUCCUUCUCUUUUACUUCCUGUCUUUUAGUUUUGUCCAUUCUCUUUCUCUUAUGUGUUUGCCAUUUCUUUUUUGGAGCACACCUACAUCCACCAUGGCACCGCUGCCCUUGACCCAGCCCAGGAGACCAGGGGGCUGUGGCCCCUGCCUUCCACACUGACAAAGCUGCUGUGGUGAAAGUGGCCGUGCAAGAGACGGACGUUACUGUUUGAGACGAGGAAGAGGCACAUGUGUGCAGUGCUGCGUGUUCUGUUCCAUAGCUCCAGCUUUUAAAACGCACCAGUCAAUUUUGAACCAUUCAAUGGUUGCAGGCUUACUGUGUGGACCGAGCUCUGUGACACAGGCCUGUGACAGUCAUUCCUGACAUCCUCCCCAUCUCAAGUCCAUUCGUAUCAGGGAGCCCAGGGCAGAGAGAGAAGAACCUAGAGUCCUGAUUUAACCUCAGUGGCACUUUGAAAGGAACAAGACAGGUCUGUUCUGUGUUUGUUUAAUUUCCUUACUGUAUGCAGCCCUUUGCCCAAAUUCAUCAGCUUUUCUCACUAGGACUCUUAUCUCUUGAGUAUUUCCAAGUAGACAAUGGCUGGUAGUACUUUCUAUCCACUCUUUCCUGGGGCCACCACUUUGGGACAACAGACAAUAGUACAAACCUAGGGGAAGCAUAGAAACAGUGACUUGGAACUAGGAGGUAAAAAGAAGCAGCUAGGAAGUAGAUGUUCCCUAACUUUAAAAAUGCCUCCUCCAAUUUUGUAGGAAACAUUAGCUAGGUAUUCCUGGGAGAUGUUUUUAGUGAGGUAGAAAUAAAAAAAUAUACAUAUAUACAUAUUAAUAAGUUUGCUGAAGCAGAAAGAAAUUCCAGUAAACGUCUGAAAUAGUACCUGGUUCCAUGAAAGAGCUUAAACCAUCUUAACUCGACUUUAAAACAAAAACAAAAAUGCAAGUGGGGAAAAAGAAAGAAAAAAUAUGCAUGAAAGAAAAGAAAUACCAAGCAGAAGUCUUCCCUUUCGUCCACCCAUGAAGACCUGGUGAAGAAAGUGACAUUUCAGGCUUGCAGGUUUCACUUUCUGGAACAGACAUAUGAAUGGAUUUCUGUCCAUGGGGACAUUUUCUAAGAGAUUUAGGAUGCACCAACGUAUGUGGUCAUAGCUGACCUCACUGCUUGAGAUCAGAGGUGCUCUCAGGUUCUCAAAUCUGCUACAUGUUUUCAAAAAGACUCCCCACCCACACUCACACCAUUUUACAGGCUUAAACUCCCAACGGAAGGGGUGUCAAAUUUCAGGGUCUUUGCCUUUUUGGUAAUUAAGCAUCCCAGGUAGUGAUUCAAGAAGGCACCCAGAGGUCAUGCAAAGGUAGGGAUAAGAAUCUUUUUUUGGGGGGAGGUGGUUAAUGUGAGGGAACAAACAACUAGGCACAAUGUUUGCCUUGUUGGGUAGAGUCCCUCUUGUGGUUGUGUCCCACACUCAAGCCGGGUGCCACUUUGAUCUAGCAAUAUGCCUGACACUUUGCCUCUGGGCCAUCUUGGAGAAAAAGCUAAGGGGAAAAUAAUACAAAUGCUCCAGGAUGCCAGACAUGACAAUAUCAUGAUCCUCAGAUGUGGAAAUACUUACUGAUUGUCUUUCCAAGGCAGAUUCGAUUUGGAAAACAAUUACCAGACCCUUGUUCCUCAGCCUUCCAGUUAGCAGACUUCCAUCUUGCUCCUAGUGUGUCUCUCUCCUCUGAUUAGUUAACACGCCCCUCCCUGCCUGAGGAGGUUUGUGAUGAGAACUUAGAUGCUUUAUUCCAUUCCAAGUUCAUGGCUUUUCUAUCUGUUGCAGAGCUUGUGGAAUAAGGAAUUAAUUUGCAAUCAUAUUUCUCAACUUUAAGAUGUUGUUCACAAUAUACAUUCUCUCCUGAAUAUUUCCUAUGGAUCCCUUAAUCACUUUAUCAUUUCCAUUACAUCUUUUUGCUAGAAAAUUUAUUUUAACAUGAUUCUAAUAAGGGUACUUCUUCACACUUCUAUCUUUAAUAAGAUGAACGAUCCUUUAAUAAUAUGAAAGAUCUUUAAAUACUAUUUUCUCCUGCCCUUUCCUCUCCUUUUUCCAAUUUUCGCUUUUGAAAUUUCUAUUUCCAUAAAAAGGCUAUAUAAAUCAGCCUUUCACUUGGCUCUAUAUUCCUUUGUCCCCUGAAAUAAAAGUCACCAUAAAGUGUAUUGGGUUUAGCCUGAAGCAUCUCCAAUAAUGAAAUGGAAAAGAAAAGGAAGGUGUUAGUAAUAAAGCUGGAACUCUUCACUGUUCAAGUCUCCAAGAAGAGAGGACUCUAUUUUGCUGGCAUAGUGCUGAUGGAAGAAAUGGUGGGCUAGUAAAGGCUAACUCAGAGUAUUUUAUUUUCUCAUCUACUUCCACAUGCUUAUAGAUUGUUCUUUAGGUGAAGAAUUUGUGAAGCAACAUCCUUACCACAUCUGCACCACAAAACCCACUGGCACCCUCCCUGCAUGUGUAGGCUACAUGCCCAAAUGCACUGUGUACCAUGGACCUAAUGUGGAUGCCACGACAGUGCAAUCUGCACAUCACUCUUUCCACAAGCACUGUGUACAGUGGACCUAAUGUGGAUGCCACGACAGUGCAAGCUACACGACACUCUUCUAAGCAGAGUCUCAGGGCUAAAUUAGAAUUUUUACAGGGUUGGAUUAUUUCAUAACCCCAGAAAACACUCUGGCUUUCUCUAAGAUGUAUAUGAAAUAAGCUUUCCAAAGCAAAACCCAAUUUGCAGUUAGAAAUAAGUGCUAAUUCUGCCUGUCUUUCCUCAGUGAUACCAAGAUCCAUGUGUAAUUUUAUGCAGUGGUUCAGUUGUGUGAGUAUUUCAAUCUUUAAGCAAUUUUAAUCUCUAGUCUUUGAAAGCAUUCUAAUCUCUCUUUAACUAUAUUCAUAUUUCCCAGGUGCACACUCUGGCCAACUUGACCACCACAAUCUACUUUACUUUCACUCUCAGCCUUUGGUAACUGCUGUUUGCAGAAAGAUUUUAUGGAGUAUGGUCAUUUUAGAGUAAAAUCAAAAAUUCCCCUGCAAUGUCAUAUUCUAAGAAGGCUGUUACUUUGUUAUUAUUUCCACCAAACAAAUCUAUUUAUGUAAGCAACUAUAUAUUCACUUACCCUAAAAUAUAUCUACCACCCACUGCAUCAUCCAUUGGGCCGUUGCCAUGGUUUCUGUGAGAACUUGUCUACAGAAAUAGACAUUUGUCAUUUCUCUAGAUGGAUUUUCAUGAAGAGUUUAGCCUCUUCUAUGCAUUCUCAACUGCCCAUGGAAAGUUUAUUUUAAGGAUCCUAGGUCUGAUUGUUUAAGACAAUUUUUGUUCUCUUUAGUAAUAACAGACAUAUUAAGGAGACUUGUACUUCAGGGUCAGAGCAAAAUAAAGGAAUUUUCCUUUCAUUGUUUACUCAUGAGGUUUUUACUGAAUGCCCGGUCCUCUAAGUAUGCUAGCCACUGGCUGCACAGAUAUAAAUUAGCCCUUGUCCUUGGAAAGGUCAAUGUCUAGCAGGAGAUGCUAGAUACAUGUGUUGUGUAGUAAGGGUAUGAAUGAGGUGCUACAGAAUGCACAGCAAAGGGUCCAGAGAAGUAUUUUGUAAAUCAUUUACUGGAGACUAAAAAUAAAUAAAUAAAUAAAUAAAUAACAUUUCUAGGAAAUCCAAAUAAUUUUGUUUCUAAUUUAUUACAUCCACCUUCGAUAAGUUGUUUUGUUUCUUCUCCUCGAAGCAAAUAUCUCUCCAUGCAUAUAGAUUUCUCUAGAAGGCGAUAGAUGACUCUUCAAGGACAGCAAGAAUAAAUGAUCCCUAUCUCUGCCAUACUUCUAGGAAGAAUAAAUUCUCUAUAUUCUUGUGUCAAUUCUGGUUGGAAGAUUCCACAAUUCUUCCUUACGUGAUUCAGGCCCGAGUGAAGACUUGGGAUCCUAUUUGUGUUGGGAAAUGACAGUCUCUGCUAUGGCUCUUUUUCUUCUCUUUUCUCCGUGUUUUACAGCCCUCUGUUCAUAACCCAGCACAUGCCGUUACUCCUCCAGAUGUUUCCAAAGGUAGCUUUUUUGCAGUCCAGCUCUUCCCAAAACUCUCCUUGGUACUGAUGAACCAUCUUAACUCCACAUAGAAACAUCUCCCAAAACUAGAUGAAGUCUAUCCUUGAUCAAUAAUUGACUAAAAACUGCUAUCUAGCUGGUGAAGUCUCGCAUCUGUGCACUGGGUAAAUUUUUUCAAUCCCAAGUAUUUUUCUAAUCUUAUUUUUUCCAGCCUAUACCCUCACUGCAGGAGUUUAAUUCAGUAAGAGCAGGGACACUGGGAAGGUGCAAGCAGAGGGUUCUCUCCAAGACAUUCAGGGAGAUAGAAUUCUAGCCUGUUGCUUCUUAAGAGAAGUCAUGACAGUUGGCCCACCAACUACCCAAGCUCUCUCUGAAUUACUUGUAGCUACAAUCCAUCAGCACCAGCCCAGCAAAGGACUUUUGAGACACCUGUAUCAUUUUGCCCCUCAUUCUUCUUAACCUAAAGGCUUGGGCAGACUUUCUCCUCCAUUCUCCUCCAGGUCAUGUGUAGACUAAAUAAAUAAGCAGGCUUCAUUUUUCCUGAAAAUGGCAAAGGUCAUUAAUGGAAUAAGGUACAAGCAAUCUCAAAAUGUUAAGAUUGCCUGGAGGAUCACUGAGUGCUAUCCCGUGUCUCUUGUGUGAUUUGUACAUGUUUUCUCUAAAAGACACUCAGUGUAGUUGCAUUUCUCCCAUAUGCUGUCCCUGAGUCUUUCUUGGGCUCUCCUCCCACCUACUUGUUUGUCCCGCCAAUGUCACUUAAUAAGGCAUCUAGUUUUCAGAUUUGGUAUCUAGUUCUCGGCUCAGUGUUCACUAAUUCCAAAUAAUUGAAGCACCUAAAGGGGAAAAAUUGCAUCACAGACAUAUACACACAGACACACAUAUACACAUAUGUACACACAUACACAUUCGUGAACACAUAUACAUAUGUACUUUGUAAAAAUAGGGCUGUUACUCAACUUUUCUCUAGAAAAUUCUAUAUACAUAUCUCUUUGGUAGGGUAAGAAGCAUUCCUCUUUUGUGUUGACAAUUAUUUGUAUAUUUUAUAUAAGGUUUUAAUAAUUACUUGCUUCGCUAUUUUUAAUCGAUAAGUUUGUUUUUUCUUUUCUCUAUUUUUUUUUUUUUUGCACUAAGGUACUCUGAGGAAGAACAGAAAAGCACAUUUUCUAGUGAAAUAUUGUACUUUGUAAGCUAGCUGUCUGUCUUUUGUAAUGUUUAUGUCUACAAAGUGGCUGAGUAGACUAACAAAGGUUAACACAAAAACUCAUUUUGGUGUUUCCACCACAGCUGCUGGGAACAUGUUGAAGAGGAGGAGGGGCGCAUGGCAGUAACUGGUGUAAGGGGAGGAAGGUCACUGCUUCCUCCGUGAGUCAGUGGCCGGGGCGCUUCCCACUUUCCUGGAUCCUCACUCAGGAGUCUCGUUAGUGCAUUCGGACCAUUGUCUUACACAUUAGGGAAAGAGGCAAUAUCAUGGGCUUUGCAUGACUAAUUCUUUAUUCACCUUUGCAGGACAUUUUUAACCCUUCCCAGUCCUACUCCAUCACAUGGUUCUUCAAUUUUUUAUUUCCUUGGGAUUUUUCACAGGUACUUUAGAGCUAUUACUACAAUUACUACUACAGGUUGCUACUAGCACCCUGUCCAUGGUAAGCAGCCAGAUAGAGCUUUAUGGAAAAGAAACUGUUAGAAAGCUCCUGAGUCAGCGCCCCUAUGUGUGGCAGUCCUGUGAUCCUGGGAUCUGUCUAGCCAUCUUCCUUUCCCUUGGGUUGAUCCCGACCUUAAUGAUAAGAAGUUAUGAAACUCUCUAGCCCUGACAACGCACAAAGCUAGGGACCCCCUCUCUCUAUCUAACACUUUCUGGGAGCACUGCUUUCCUGAAUCCUCCCUGGUGACACAGGGAAAGAUUUUAUAAACCAGCAGGACAAAUGUAGGGAAAUAGUCUUAGGCCAGAACCAAAGGUGAAAGUAAUGGUGUUAGUAGUUUCAGCCUGGACUCAUUUCCAUUAGCGGCAGAGGCUUUCGUGGGUAAAUGCCAGUGGUAGACUCGGAAAACAUGAAAAAAGCCUUGGGUCUGGCGUUACCCUGCACGCUGAAAGUCUUCCACUCUCAGUGCAUCUUGAAGAGAAAAUAUUAAUGGGCAUCUGCCUGGUGCUACUUUCCCAUUAGAGUCAAUUUUUAUCUCAACCUUUACAUGAAUACCCACACAGUCUCUUCCCUUUGAAUGGCAGUAUCAACCUGUGUAACCUUGUCCUGCCUUAAUACUCUUGCAAAAAAUACAAAACCUUGCUUAAAGCAAUGUAGUUAUAUUGCAAAUGAGACUUUGUAUUUAGGGAGGACAAAGACCAAGAAUUUUCUCCUUUUGAAUCUUGCACUUGACAGGCCUCCUGUGAUGUCUUGAGCUGACACUCCCUUUAGCCUGAGAGAGGAAACCUCAGAGAACAUGAAUGUGUGUUAACUGAAUUUCCAUUUUUCAAUAAAGUUUAUUUACAAAAUUACAUUUGGUUCAUGGUCCCUAAGAUAGAAGAUUAGAGUGUCCAUUUGAGAUAGGAAACUGGUCUUCCUAAGGCGUGGGCGGGCUCCCUUUUCUGAGAACUAAGAAAGAGCAGGGAGGUUACUUUUAAUUAGUAAAUAAUAAAAUACAAAAUGACCUCCCCCCCAAAUAUACAUAUGUCACACUCUUUAUUAUGGUAAAAGCACAAAAGAGGUCAUCUCCUUUGUGGUUCUUUUGGAAUCUUCUUUUUCCUUUCAAUCUUCUUAUUUUUGUUCCUAAAACAAAAUCCCAAGUGAUGUUGCCUCAUUCCAAGUCAAUUUUGUAGACCAUGUAACAUGUCUUAAUACACCGUAUGGGGAAAAAAAUAAAUGUUAGCCUUAGAUUUCUUUGUUUUCUAUGGUUAUUGUUGUACAGAAGAAAGACUUAAACUGUAAAUAAUGUAUAUUUAAUAAAGAGGAAAUUUUGUAUG